GCGAGGUGUUCUAUUUAUAUCACAGUAAGCAGUGUUCCUGUUGUAGUACACUGAUGAGUUCCGACCUGGAGAGCAAUGAUGACAUGUGACAUGUUUUAAACAGGAGUACUUGCGUUGUGCUUUUGGGGGUUUUACACAGGUGACGUGAAAUGCGCAGUGACCGACUGUAGUCAUAGUCAUUCUCAAGCUGUGCUCCGGUCUACUCAAUUACAGGUUAACACUCCUGUCAACUGUACGUAGUUCUCCCAUUGUUCAGAGAGAUCCGGGGAUGUGAAGAGAGACGCUGUUCUGUUUCAGCGGUGUCGUACCCCGUUAUGUUUUUCCUGAGCUGGGGGUGUCCUACAUUCAACACUGUCGGUCGCACAAUCAAUUCAUACUACAUUCCGUGUGGUUGUGAUGAAACGAGUAUGUUGGAGCGGCUGUUACGAUCUCACCACCUGCCCCACUACUAGUGAGCGGCACAUUGAUGUUGAUAUAGUGGUCAAUAAUUCAUCUCAACGGAACACUAAUCAUCGAUCACAUAGACAAAGAAUUCGACUUCGUACCUGUCAGCUGACGAAGUGACAACACCGUGAUGUUUGAGAGGCAUUUUUCAGAAGUUGACGGGUGCCAAAGUAGACACUAUCUAUGAAUAACAGUUUCUUUAAUGUACCGUAUAGAUCAUCAUACCGUUGUCAAACAAUUAAGACCGUGUUGUUUCUUUUCUACUCAUCAUGAUUUGUUGAAUUCAAAACCUCAUCGCUAGAGAAUAUCCAGUGUCGAUUCCUGAUUCCUAAGAUAGUAAAAGGCAAAACAGUUGCGGAAAUUGUAUGAAUAGAUCACACUGGCCAUCGGUUACACAGCCAAUGAUUUCUACUGUCUACCAUUGGAUAAAGUGGAUAUACAUUGGAUAUAGUGGAUAUACAUUGGAUAUAGUGGAUAUACAUUGGAUAUAGUGGAUAUACAUUGGAUAUAGUGGAUAUACAUUGGAUAUAGUGGACAUACAUUGGAUAUAGUGGAUAUACAUUGGAUAUAGUGGAUAUACAUUGGAUAUAGUGGAUAUACAUUGGAUAUAGUGGAUAUACAUUGGAUAUAGUGGACAUACAUUGGAUAUAGUGGAUAUACAUUGGAUAUAGUGGAUAUACAUUGGAUAUAGUGGCUAAACAUUGGAUAUAGUGGACAUACAUUGGAUAUAGUGGCUAUACAUUGGAUAUAGUGGAUAUACAUUGGAUAUAGUGGAUAUACAUUGGAUAUAGUGGCUAAACAUUGGAUAUAGUGGACAUACAUUGGAUAUAGUGACUAUACAUUGGAUAUAGUGGAUAUACAUUGGAUAUAGUGGCUAAACAUUGGAUAUAGUGGACAUACAUUGGAUAUAGUGGAUAUACAUUGGAUAUAGUGGAUAUACAUUGGAUAUAGUGGCUAUACAUUGGAUAUAGUGGAUAUACAUUGGAUAUAGUGGAUAUAUAUUGGAUAUAGAGGCUAUACAUUGGAUAUAGUGGAUAUACAUUGGAUAUAGUGGAUAUAUAUUGGAUAUAGAGGCUAUACAUUGGAUAUAGUGGAUAUACAUUGGAUAUAGUGGAUAUACAUUGGAUAUAGUGGAUAUACAUUGGAUAUAGUGGCUAUACAUUGGAUAUAGUGGAUAUACAUUGGAUAUAGUGGAUAUAUAUUGGAUAUAGAGGCUAUACAUUUGAUAUAGUGGAUAUACAUUGGAUAUAGUGGAUAAAUAUUGGAUAUAGAGGCUAUUCAUUGGAUAUAGUGGCUAUACAUUGGGUAUAGUGGCUAUACAUUGGAUAUAGUGGCUAUACAUUGGAUAUAGUGGAUAUACAUUGGAUAAAGUGACAAUACCUGUUGCCUCUGUUACCCAGUGUGUACGCUAUGGUGUGUUUAUGUACAUGCUUUAUGGACAGCGGAUAAUGGACGGCAGCAUGGGCAUAGAUUUCGCUUCUCUGUGACUGUGGAAGGAGUGAGCUUACUGUGUUGUUUCUUUUCAACUGGAGUUAUUGGAUAUUGAUUAUCAUCCACAUAACAACAGUCGACUCCCGCUUGAUAUGGGAUAUAGCAACAGUGUAACAGUCAAUUCAACUCAUAACGUUAUAUUGAAACUGUUGACUAAUACAUGUUAUAUCCUCGGUCAUACAGCUUGGCAUUGGAUGUAAUGAAGAUAUCAUUUUUCUGGUCAUCUGACCAAGCUAUUGAAUUCUGACCACUGAUCCUUGCUUGUUUGCAGACCAUUGUGACCAUUGUGACAUCAUCAGAGUUUGUUAACAAUUGGAGAACAGGGUCAAUGUCUGCAUAAAUUUGUACUGUGACAUGCGACACAACAGACAUACUAGUUUGGUUAUGGACAUUUAUGUCAAGCACCAAUGUAUUCUUCAGGAUUUCUGAUAAAACACAACCGUAACAUAAACUUGGACCAUACAGGAUUAAAGUGAUGAAACAACACGCCCUCACAAAGUGAAAACCGUCCAACUUAUACACUGCUCAAGUAUGUGAGAUUGUGAUAGGUAACGAGAAACGCCAUGGCAAGAGCCAGGUUUCAACUUUGUUGCUCGACAGUUGCUAUUGUGUACAUGAUUCAGUUUCUUCUGUUGUUGCCGAUUCUAUGUUAUAAUCUUCCAUUCUCGUCAUACUUCCUAGCUUCUCCCAUAAGCAACAAUGAAACUGCCACUUUGUUACAUGAUUUCAAUCAACAGAGAGUCAGGCGUGCUUAUUCCUAUUUCAAGAGCCAGACGCCUGGAGGUAAUCCACGGUACUAUGAUUCUGUGGAAAACAGCUCCGAGAUCUAUCUGACUGUGGCAAUAAUCACAGUCAGUCGCGCUGUUGAGAAAAAGCGCCAAUAUCCUGGAUACGUUCUCCAGACUUCAGCCGGGAUGGACAAAUUCGCGAAAAGUCACGAAUUUUCACGUAGAACGUUUGUAUUUGUGUGUAAUGUGGAUUUGAAUCCCCAAGAACACAAAGAGGCAAUGUUUUUAAAGAAGUAUCUACCCUUUACUGAACGAUAUGGUUUGUCAAGUUUCAAAUUAGAAGAUAAGUAUCAAAAUCAACAUAAUUAUUCCAUAUAUCAGACAAAAAAAAGCGAGGGGAAAUAUGAAAAGGAGACAAUGGACUACUCGUACUGCUUAAAGGUUGCAAAAUCAUUUGAUCCCGAGUAUGUACUGAUGGUGGAAGACGAUGCUAUUCCUCACAACGAUUUAGCGUAUGUCCUGAAAUAUACACUGGAAAAUCAUCUAGUUGAUAACAGGAGAAGCACCUCUCAAAGGAAAGACUUUGCCUAUCUCAAACUGUAUUAUCCCGAACGGUGGCAAGGCUAUGCAUUUGACGUGCCAAUGUUCCUGGAGCUUUUGAGUAUAGGCAGUGUUGGUGGAGGUGUCACUUUGGUUGUAUUCCAGUGCUUAGCUAAAAGAAGACAGGACAAUUAUAGUUCGAGAUUAAGCCGCUUUCUAAUUUGGAUGGUUUUUUUCAUCUUAACAGCAGAGUUUGUAGGCCGACAGAAUGUGAUGGAGGUACGAAGACUUUCAAAAUACUUAUACAAGUUUCGACAAGCGUCCGAAUGUUGUACCCAAGCCAUGUUAUAUCCAUCAGCCAUAGUUGACUCUCUGACCACAUAUUUGACCACCUUGCCUUCAUUCAAGCAUACUGACCUUUCUAUCUAUGACUUUACACUCCAGACUAAUAUACCAACAUAUCAACUAGAACCGAACCUCUUUUACCAUGUCGGCAUGCAGUCGUCACUGAAUAAGUCCCGGAUCAAGUUACUUGAACAGUUCCUCUUUCGUCUUGAUUUAACUAGUUCGUCAAUCCCUGGAGGAAAGGUGGAAUAAAAUACAGGCUCCUGCGACAGGUUACUGCUGGACUUCUCGGCUGACUGUGUUUAACAUGUACUAUAAUUAAAAUAACCUUAAUUAUG